AGCUUUGAGAUCUUCAUUUCGUCACUGUGAACACAUCAUCUGGAAGAAUGAGACAUCUGAUGAUGCUGCUGUUUCUGGUGAUCUUCUGCUGUCUGCAGCUGACUACAAGUGCUCCAGUUGCCUCUGAUUUGGCAAAGUCAAAGUGUUGUUCCAAGUUCAAUAAUGCACGGAUUCCUUUGAGACGUGUGAAGUCGUACUAUUGGACCAGCGAUAACUGCCCCAAACGUGCCAUUGUGUUUCAAACUGAAAAGGAGAUCUGUGUAGACCCAGAAACCACCUGGGUGAGCCACCAUAUGGCUAAAGUGGACAACAGAACAACUACAGCUACACCAAAGACUCAAACCACCACAGUCUAAAAGAAUCUGUUUAUCUCUGCCUGUUUAAUCUGUACAUCUACAUCUACUGUACAUUUACUUCCCUCAUGUUCUCGUGUUUAUAUGAUAUAUGAUAACAUCGUAUUUUUUUACAAAAUAUUUAUGAUUUGUCCAAACUCUUUCUAAUAAAAUUUA